UUGUAUAAUUUUUAUUUUUUAAAAACGGACCAAUCAGAAGGUGACAUGUGGCAAGUGGUGGGGUCAACUAACUGACAGUGACGGUCAACUAACGGAAAUGACAUUUGGUGAUAUUAUACUAAACCUCAGUGGCAUUUGGUGAAUUAUGAAAAACGCGAUGACAUUUGGUGAAAUUUUUAAGUAUUAAGUGACAUUUUGUGAUAUAGCCAUUUUUUUAAUGUAAAAAGAACACUCCAUUGUCCAUUAGCCGAAGAAGAGCAAAUAAGAUCAUAGGAAUGAUAGGAUCAUUGGAUCAUAGAGAAUGAGAGAGUAUAAAGUCACAUAGAUCAUCAUCAUUGACAAAGUUUAUUUAAAUAACGACCGACGAAGUCUCUUUUGAAACAAAAACUCAAACAAUCGCACAAUUUCCAUUCUUUUCAUUCCACUCACAAACCCCAAAACUAAUGAUUUCGUAACCAAACACUUAUCUCCCUCCCACUCCUUUUAAAACCCCCCAAAAAGGGCAAGUUCAGUAACCGCCAUGAAUACUACUUUGCUUUGCUAAUACCCAUGUCUUUUUUUCUCUCUCUCCUAACUCCCAUACUCAUACUCUAUUCUACCUUCCUACUUAAUCCUUCUCCACUACUUUUAUUUCCCCCAUUUUUUCUUAUUUUCCUUCAUUUAAACUCCAGUAAUGCAGCUUUCUUCCAAUAACCCACUUCCCAAAAUCACCUUAUUUCACCCUUUUAACAAUGUCUAAGAUUCAAUCUCAAGAACAAAUUAACACCCACCAAAUUAAUACCAUUAAUCACCCAAAUAACAUGGACAAUUUCUCAAAAAAGUUGAAACGUUUCAGAUUCUUUGAGCCUUCAUUAAGCAUUACUGGGUUCUUAUUUGUAACAGUGGGUGCUAUUAUAUGUUGUUACUAUUACUUAGAUUACAGAGUUUUUGAAAGAGGGUUGAAUUUUCCAUUUAAAUCACAGAGGUUUCAAUGGCUGCAAUAUGAUGAAUUUGCUGGUGUUUCUGCUGGUAUUAAGAAAAAGGUUGAGUUUUUGAGUGAAAUGGGUGAUGAAUGUGACGUGUUUGAUGGUGAUUGGGUGUGGGAUGAGAGUUAUCCAUUGUAUGAAUCAAAAAAUUGCGAGUUUAUGGAUUUUGGGUUUAGGUGUUCUGAGAGUGGUCGACCUGAUAAUUUUUAUACCAAGUGGCGUUGGCAGCCUAAACUUUGCAAUUUACCAAGAUUCGAUGCAAUAUUGAUGUUGGAAAAAUUAAGGAACAAACGCGUUGUAUUUGUGGGAGACUCUAUUGGAAGGAACCAAUGGGAAUCGCUUCUUUGUAUGCUUGCUUCUGCUGUUUCUGAUCAGAAAUCAAUAUAUGAAGUGAAUGGAAAUCCUAUUACAAAGCACAAAGGCUUUUUGAUUUUCAAGUUUGAAGACUAUAAUUGCACAGUGGAGUAUUAUCGGUCUCCAUUUCUCGUAUUGCAAGGACGUCCCCCUGCAGGAACACCAGAAAAGGUCAGGUCCACUUUAAAAUUAGAUCAAAUGGACUGGAAUGCUGGGAGGUGGAAGGGUGCUGAUGUUCUUGUCUUCAAUACAGGACAUUGGUGGAACUAUGAGAAGACUAUUAGAGGGGGUUGUUACUUUCAAAUUGGGUUAGAGGUAAAUAUGAAUAUCACAGAAGAUGACGCAUACCGCAGAUCCCUGGAGACUGUUCUUGACUGGAUAGACAGGGAGGUAGAUACAAGAAAGACACAGGUCUUCUUUCGCACCUAUGCCCCUGUACAUUUCAGAGGUGGUGAUUGGAGAAGUGGCGGAAGCUGUCACAUGGAAAACCUCCCAGAGCUCGGGGAGUCUCUGGUCUCAUCUCAAACAUGGUCAAAACUCAACAUAGCUGCAGAGGUAUUGGGAUCUCACAGUAACAAUCCGAAACUUAGGGACAUAAGCAUGUUGAACAUUACAGUUAUGUCCUCUCGCAGAAAGGAUGGUCACUUGUCGUUGUACUACCUGGGUCCUGGUGCUGGUCCAGCAUCAAUCCAUCGGCAGGAUUGCAGUCAUUGGUGCCUACCUGGGAUUCCUGACUCUUGGAAUGAGCUGCUUUUUGCUUUGCUAAUUAGACGUAGUGUCUCUAAGACAUCAAAUUCGACUUCUCAAACACAGGCCGUUUGAAAUGUGAUUGGUUUGUGCAGACUUUGAUAGUAAAAAUUACAGCUAAAAUAAUGCAUAUUGUGUAGGAGGUUCUUUGCAGGAAAUUACAAUCAGUGAGUGGUAGAUGCAAAGAAGACUUGUCAUUUUAAAGGGUAAUCUGAUUUGUGAAUAUAUGGUUAAUUAUACAGAACGAAGGAAACAACUCAUCUUCUAUUUCAUGUUUUGUGGAUUUGGAGGAGAGCAAAAGGUGCUUCCAUUUGCAAAUGCCAUUUAUAUAUAGCAUAAUUUUAUGUAAUAUUUAUAGGACAUUUCCUCCCAAUUCCAAAGUUCCAAGUUUAAGUAAUCUAAUAAUUUUUAUUAUUCUUUGUUA